AUAAAUUUGACAGGUGACACUAUUAUGUAUAGCUUUUUUAACAUUUUUAUUUAUGAUUAUAAAUUUAUCCGGUAAAUAAUUUAACAAGAUUGAAUAUGAGCAAAAAAAUUUCUGAUAACAAAUCCCUACCACUAUUAGGCCGUUUUGGCACGUCACUCAAAAUCGGAUUGGUAGGCCUACCCAACGUUGGAAAAUCGACCUUAUUCAACGCUUUAACUCGUACUCAAAUCGCUGCGGCCGCCAAUUACCCUUUCUGCACUAUAGAACCCAAUGAGGCGCGUUGUCGUGUCGCUGAUGCCCGCUUCGAUUACCUGUGUAGCAUCUAUAACCCUGCAUCCCGCGUCCCAUCGUUUUUAACAGUUGUAGAUAUAGCAGGGCUAGUCAAAGGGGCCCACAUGGGUGCUGGUCUAGGUAAUGCUUUCUUGUCUCACGCGUCCGCUUGCGAUGCCCUUUUUCACGUAGGUCGCUGCUUCGAAGAUCCAGAAGUAACGCACGUAGAAGACGGCGGCGUGGACCCAGUGCGUGAUGCCGAAAUAAUCCAUGAUGAACUUAGGCUCAAGGAUUUGCAAGCGGUGGAUAAAAGACUCGAAGCCUUGGACAAAGGCCACAAGCAAGGAGCCAAUUCGAUUGAGGCCAAAAAGUUGAAAGAAGAAAAGGAUGUGCUGCAAAAAGUGAAAGAUAUUCUGAGUGGUCUAGCAGACGGGACUGAUGGCAAGGGAAGACAUUUAAGGCUUUUUAGGGGCGAGUGGACCGAAAAAGAAAUUGAAGUUCUUAACAAACACUUGUUCUUGACAGCUAAACCUAUGAUAUAUUUGCUCAACCUAUCGGAAUCGGACUUUAUAAAGAAGAAAAACAAAUGGUUGUCCAAGUGUGCCAAGUGGAUUCGAGAAAACGACGGACCCGAUGCUAUUAUUAUUCCUUUCAGCGCUGAAUAUGAGUCCAAAAUAGUCUCAAUUAUCACAUCAGCUGACACCGAUGGAGACUGCUAUUUGUCGAAUAACAUCAAUUAUAGUGUCAUCGAUAAAAUUAUUGUCAACGGAUUCAAAGCGCUUAAUUUGCAAUACUUUUUUACGGCGGGAGCGGACGAGGUGCGGGCAUGGACGAUUCAGAUUGGAACGCGUGCCCCACAGGCAGCGGGUAAAAUUCAUUCAGCAUUUGAGAAGGGUUUCAUAAUGGCCGACGUCAUGUGCUUCGAAGAUUUUCAAGAAUCACAAGGCUCCGAGGCCGCCGUCAAAGCUUGUGGAAAGUACCGUCAGCAAGGAAGGAAUUACGUAGUCCAUGAUGGUGAUAUCAUUCAUUUCAAAUUCAAUGCAGGUGCGGGACUCUCAACUUCUAAGAAAUGAAUGUGUCUUAUCUUUUAUUGUAUUGUGAAUAUUUUACGAUUAUGAAUAAAUGCGCUGUUCAAGUUUGUAUAUUUU